UAUUGCACAAAAGACUAACAUUGCAACGUUUUAAAUCGCAUUUUCAAUUUUGAAACGAAACAAAUGAAGAGAAUAUAAUAAUCGAUGAGCCAGCUGUUCUCGGCCACAGUACAAUAAUGAAGCUGAAGCUUGCUGUUGUUUUCGUGACCAUUUCACUCUUGGCGUUAGCUCAAGGUUGUGGUGAUAAAAAACCUUCGCCGAAAGGAAAAACCCCACAGUGUAGCGCAGCAACAUCACCAAAGCCACAUAAAAAAGACGGACAUCAUGAGAAAGAUCAUCAUGGAAAUAUAAAAAAAAUCAUUAUCAUCAGAGAGAUCGGUAAGAUAAAAGUGCCAUUCUAUCGAGGGGGUCACCAUGGAGGGGGUCAUGGAACUAGUUCCAGUUCAAGUUCCAGCUCUAGCGGUGACCAUAAAGGAAAACAUAGGAAACAUGGAAAACACGGGAAAGAUGGCAAAGAUGGCAAAGAUGGCAAAGACGGCAAAGAUGGAAAACACGGAAAACAUGAAAAACAUGGCAAGGAUGGCAAGGAUGGUAAAGAUGGUAAAGACGGCAAAGAUGGAAAACACGGAAAAGAUGAAAAACAUGGCAAGGAUGGCAAGGAUGGCAAGGAUGGCAAGGAUGGCAAGGAUGGCAAAGCUGGUAAAGAUGGCAAAGAUGGGAAAGGAGGAGGAAAGGGCGAGCCUGGUCAUCCAGGUGAGCCAGGUAAUCCGGGCCAGCCAGGACAUCCAGGAGGUGGCCAUGGAGGGGCUGGAGGUAAUGGAGGAUCUGGUGGGGCUGGAGGUGAUGGCGGCAAAGGAAAAAAAAUUAAACACGGAAAAAAACCACCGCUUUGUAAGCGUAAAAAGGCCAAAUGUAAUUGUGAAUGCCGUUGCAGAGAUUUCGAGCAUUUAGGACCACAUGAUGCUUAAUGAGUAGACUUCUGCCAGUCAAUUAGAUAUUACAAGCCCCAGUAGAUGACUGCAGACAAUGUUUAUUUCUAUUUUAUUAAUUUCUAUUUUGUUCGCAUAUUCCAGUGUCUUACUUUUCUGUUCAAACUAUUCAUAAUUUAUAAGUCUAAAUAAAUAUCAAGCAGUUUAUGCAUAAGUGAUAUAAGUGA